GGAAAAUGGGUCCGCGAGAAGCAAAGGGCUCUGCAGCAAGCAAAGGAUCAUAUGCAUUCUUCAGCUAGAGAGAGGAGGCAAAUAGCUGUGCUCGGGAGGCCAAUUUGCUGAGGCGUCCGUGCAGCUUCGGAGGGCAAACCAUAUACUGCUGCACAUCUGGAUCGCAUCCCUGCUCUGAUUUUGGUGUGGUGCAAAAAAAGUAUCUGUUUUCUCGAGCUGCUCUUCUUGUCUGCUGUUUGUUGAGGUGGUGGCGAGAAAUCUUGGACUGAUAUGGGUUAGAUUCAUCGAAUUUGCUGCUGCUCUGUUUCUCUCUUGGUCUUUCGUCGGAGGAAUAUAUUCAUAAUGACUCCUCAUCCAUCAGUUGGAGAUUGAUUAGAGUUGCUGGUUCUCACUUGGUCUCUCUUGGUCUUCGGCAGAGGAUUCCAUCAUGAGUCUUCUUGAUAAGUGGGGGUUCUACUCCACUGAUGUUGAUACCGCCAGAGAGGAGAUAUUAAAAUAUCUUGCACAAAUGGGCAACAGAAAGGUUAUCUAUUUUGAUGGUUGGCAUGGAUUUGGAGCGUCAGCGGUACUUACAUCCGUAGCUGAAGUGCUUCCAUCUAGGAGAACCAUUCCAGGACUAUGCUUUGACAGGGUAAUUUUUAUAGAUUGCUCAAAGUGGAAAAAUAGAAGAGCACUGCAGAGGGCAAUCGCAGAGGAACUGAAACUUGACAGCUCGGUAAUGGCCAGUCUGGAUAAGGAAGAUGAAGAGGAUGAUUUUCAUGGAGUUGAUGAAAGCUCGAGGAAUGAGAUAGACAGUGUUGCCCUAGUGGUUGAUCAAACCCUCAGUGGGACCAAAUUUAUACUCAUUUUUCUUAAUGGAAGUGAUGACGAGGUUGACGUCGGUCUAUCAGGUAUUCCUCGAUUUUCAAGUUAUGGCAACAGCAUGAUGCUUUGGACAUUCAAAAGACCCUGCCUGACCGUGCGCAUUCCAGAGAUGCAAACCAGUUUUCUUGACAAGCUAAGAUACACCCAGAGUUCUCUUAUUUAUCCUUAUCCUCUAAUCAAACAAUUAACAAGUUCAGAGUUUCAAGCCAUACUACAUGCAGAAGCUGCCGACAUAGUUGCUCGCAAUCCAUGUGUGCUGGACAUUGACCCAAAAACUGUUGCAGAUUGUUGUCUCUAUGAGUUAUUCCUGCUUUAUAAUUCCCACAUUGCUACUAAAUCUGAUUGGGUUGCUCAUGCUUCCAACUAUUGGAUGUGUGAUGGGAUCAUACAAGGGGACAGAGCUAUGGAUAUUAGUAAGGCAUUGCACCAAGAGAUAAAUUGGGAGUGUGAUUCUUCUUUGCUCGAUGAAAUACUAAAGAAGUUCAUGAAAUAUUUGAAGCCUGCUUUCAUGGCAGUUAAAGAUGAUGAUGUAUAUACAAAUGGGCCAUACCGUUGGAUUUCAAUCACAUCAAGAAACAUGAAAUUACAUGGUAUGGAAACUAUACCUGCAGCGACAUCAUCCUUCUUAGCAUUUGAAAGAUCUGAUCAGCCACCAACACUACCAAAGGGCCUGUUUGAACACUCGAGCAAGCUUUCUGUGCUCAUUCUCCAUUGUUGUGCCUUCAAAUUUGCCUCACCUCCUUUCCACAAAUGCCAUAGCCUAAGAUUCGUUGGACUGCAUCGAUGCAUAGAUGACAAAACAAUUGACGGAAAGGAUCCUACAAACUGGUCAUUCUUGUGCAGCCUGUGGGUGCUGGACCUACGUCACACUGACUGGAUUGAAAUUUUAUCUGAAGAAAAGUUAGAUAUUAUGACUAAUAUGAGAGAGCUAAAUAUAGAAGGAAUCAGGAGUUGGCAGUAUGCAGCUCUAUUACAAGGGCGACUAUCUAACCUUCAGAGGCUCCGAAUAAUCAAUCCGACAUGUCGGUCGGAGGCAUCAAAGGAUGUGGAUAACUCAUUUACGGAUAAGACAAGUAUGGAAAUACUUGAUUUGUCAGGCAACAGUGAGAUGGAAAUUCUUCCAAUAAGCUUAUCAACGGCGGGUAACCUUCAAAUACUUGUGCUUGAUGGUUGUGAUGGUCUGGAAAAUGUGGAUGCCCCUAGUCACGUUCCUCCCUCCAUCAAGUCCUUUAGCUUUGAUGGAUACGGACCAGCUUCUAAAUGGACACAAACUGUUGAGCUACCUCCGAAACAAUUCCGUCCAUCUAGCAGAACGGAUAAUAAGGAAACUCGAAUUUCCAAGAUAUCCUUAGAGGGCUGCACACAGUUGGAGAAUCUGUUCCUCCGUGGGCUACCGAACCUAGCAGAACUGGACCUGUCUGGAACCGCAAUCAAGAUACUUGACUUCAAGACUAUGGUGGUGGAAGUCCCAAGGCUCAAGCGGCUAUUUCUAAUUGGAUGCAAGCAUCUUCGUGCAAUCAUUUGGUCGGACGAGAGAAAGCCCGAUCUAGAGUUGAUAUGCAUAGACACGCGUCCUGCAACCAUGUGUCAACGACCAUCCAUUGACAAGAAUAAAUCAUUCGGUUUGCAAGUGCAUGCUGUUAUUGUGGAUGCGAGGAUUGCUCGCUCUUUGUGCAAUCUGUUGCGGCUUUACUACAUGAUUAAUAUCCACAUCACCUCGUCACCUGUGUAUGAUGGGGCUGUUAUAUCUGAAGCAAUCAACAAGGAUAAAAUCGACAACAGUAAUCAAGAGAGCUUGCAACAGCUUAUUCCAGCUGGGCGGUACAGAGAUGUCCUUGGCAUGGUCGGCGUUGCGCCGAUGCAAGCCUUCCCACAGCCUCCGACUAGAGAGUUGGAUCAACAUCUAGAGAUUGCUGAAGGGAGCUGCUACGUGGAAAGCGAAGUAGACAAAUCACUAGGUCAACUGAUGCAGUAUUAUAUCGAAUCCCUGCAUGUGCACGACGUCUCAGUACGUGCCAUUAUUUCUCAAGAAUAUAUGUGGUGGGACAAACUUAGGCGGUGCUGCGUGGAGAGGUGCUGCAAGUUGGAUACCAUUUUCCCUUCCAAGUCGUCUGAAUUUAAGCAACUGGAGACCUUCUGGGUGUCAGAUCUUCUAAUGGCCCGCUCGAUUUGGAGUAAAGAUUCAAGCUAUCCUCGCUUCAACGACACCAAAUCCUUCCAAUAUUUACAGCAUCUACACCUGCGCUCCUGCCCCAGGCUCCAGUCCGUGCUCCCGGUGUGGGUCUCCUCCUUCCCCAGCUUGGAGACCCUCCACAUCAUCCAUUGCGGCGACCUCAGCCACAUCUUCAUACUGGAUGGAGAUUACCCAGAGGAAAUAACCACCAACGGCGUACCAUUCCCGAAGCUGGCCGCCAUCCACCUGCACGACCUCCCGAAGCUGCAGAAGAUAUGCGAGUCAUUCAACAUGGUGGCGCCCGCGCUGGAGAGCAUCAAGAUCAGGGGAUGCUGGAGCCUGCGUCGGCUGCCAUCCGUGGUGUCCCGUGGCCGAGGCAAGAAGAAGCCGACCGUCGAGAUCGAGAAGGAGGUGUGGGAUGCUCUGGAGUGGGACGCCGGCCACCGGCCUGACCACUUCGAGGCGCCGGGCCACUCGCGCUACUACAAGAAGAAAAUGCCCAGGGGCUCCGUCCUCAGGUGAUCAACUCGGUGCUAUGUGAGGGUGACGGAUGCUCCUGCUAGUGCUACUGCAGCAUCAUGUGUGUUUGUUUUGCUUGUGUGCUUGCUUGGGCAGCUAAGCUGAUCUUGGUUGCUGGCUUAGCUGCUGAAACAUGGAAGAACGAUAUUCAGGGGGGGUAUUGGCCAUCCAUCCAUCGAUCGCCUCUCCCUGUUGUUGUGUGUUGUUUUGUUGCGUUAGGUGUGAGCUUAUGGUGGCUCCCACCAUCGUGGAUUGCAAAUAAGAAGCAGUCUGGUAUGUGGCUGCGUGCAUAGACCUGGCUGAUGUGCUGUGUGGCUUGCGAUUGAAGCGGCUUGCUGUGGAUGCCUGCGUGCAUCCACCUGGCUGAAUUUGUGCAUGCCAUGUGUUUGGGCUUGUAAUUGAGCAGCAGCAUGUGUAUGCCUGCGUGCAUCUACAUUUACAUUUGAGAGUGUUGUAUCUGAACAAAGAAACAGCUGAGAUGGUUGUGUGUGCUUGCCUGCAUGCAUCAACCUAGCUGCUUGUGUGAUUUGUUUGUCAUGCUUUCGAAAUAAAAAAAAGGCAGCAGCUAUGUGUGCCAGUUGCUGCAAA